GCCAAACUAUAGAAUUCACAGAUGUUUUCAAUAAAGAGAUACCUUGUACGGAGCCAUUCGAUAGUGUCAAUAGCAUCACUUGGGCCUUCAAAAUUGGCCAGAGCUGGUUUUGCGACGUACAAGCCACUAUGGCAACAGAUUCAGUCGAGCGGAAAUAAGACCACUGCGAAUCCUCUGGAUAAGCUGACACGUGAGGAGAUUGCUCAGCUGAGGGAUAUGAAGCGUGAAAAGGAACAACAAUUUAAGAACCGUACGACGAUCAACUAUGCCGUUAGUGUUUUCUUCAUGUUUAUUGGGUUAUCUUACGCUGCUGUGAUUCUGUACAGAACGUUGUGUGCUCGUACGGGCUUUGGUGGUCGCCCAGUGACGGACAAGCGUAAAUUUACUGAUGAUAAGUUGGUUCCAGUGGAUAUGGAUAAGCGUAUCCGUGUUGGAUUCACCUCAGAAGUUUCGGAUAUCUUGCCAUGGAAGUUUGUUCCACAGCAGAGAGAAGUGCACGUUCUUCCUGGUGAGACUGCGCUUGCUUUCUUCAAGGCCAAGAACAAGAGCGAUCGGGACAUUGUAGGCAUGGCUACCUAUUCCAUCACACCAGGUGAAGCAAGUCCUUAUUUCAACAAGAUCCAGUGUUUCUGUUUUGAAGAGCAGAGAUUGGCUGCAGGCGAAGAGGUUGACAUGCCAGUGUUCUUCUUCAUCGACCCUGAUUUUGCCAACGACCCUAGAAUGAGAAACAUCGAAGACAUCGUGCUACAUUAUGCCUUCUUCAAAGCUCACUACCAGGACAACGGUAUAUUGAAACCUGUUGAUGCAUCCAAGGACAUUGAAAUGACUCCAGUCAGCGUGGAGAUCGUGGGUAAUAACAAGGCACCUGCAACUUCACCGGCAUGAAGCCAUUUCCUCUACGCUGUCGUGUAAAUACAAACGUUUAGGUGUGCAUGAAUAUACUUUUGUAAAUAGAGCAAGCCAUCUCUACGUAGCUGCCGUUGUUUUGGUUGUCUGGAACCCACACUCUUCAAGCGUGAUUGUUGGACUCAUACUGACCGCAUCUGUCUGGCCAGGGCCUGAGCCAAAGCUCGUGUUGAGUUUCAAGCCUUCAACAAGCGUUCUUCUUCGAGGAAUGUUGAAAUCUGGCG